AUCUGCCAGUCGCUUCUCAGCAUUCUUCGCCUCUGGUUCGAAAUUCUCACAACGAGCAGAAAAGAAAAGCAUAAAGACCCUACGUACUACGUGCCGAAUAAAGACCGAGGAACAGGGGAGGAAGCGGUGGCCAGCGAACAGAAGACGGAAAAUCCAUUUCUAUAUACCCAACAUCGACAUCGGGAUCGAGAAUCCACAUCGAGAAUCCACAUCGAGAUCGAGAUCGAGAUGUGUAUAUGAAGGCAGUUCCUGCUCGCAGACCGGUCGUCCGUAGUAGUAGCAUCGUUGUGCUCCACAGUUCCAAAGUUCAGUGAGUGGGCCACAGAAGAAUCGCGAGGGUGGAGAAUCCAAAAGCAAAACCAAAACCAAAACCGAAUCAAAAUCUAUAAUUCGAAUCCUGCGCGGAGAAAAGAGAUUCGAUCCAAGAUUUGUUGUAAUGGUGCACAGGCGCUGGAUUUUCUGUGAGAGCGGCGAGGAUCCAAACUUCAGGAAGGAGCACUACGAGUACACCCAAAGCCAGCACCGAUAAUUCCGAUAAUUCUCAAAACCAAGUGCCAAUUUCCAAUUUCCCCUUAAAAAAGUCCAUUCAACUUGCUGCAAUUCAGUGUGCCAACGAUCUCAUUUGCAAACCGCAAAAUAAUCACAAACAUAACAAAACAAAAA